AUGGUUGAAGACAAAAAGACCGACGACUAUACCGUCGACAUGGAUAAGCUGGAUCAGGGUAAUAAGGAAUUCGAGGCCGCGCCGCCACCACAGCCCCGGCCGUCUCCUCCUAGCAGCAUGUCCAGUAGCCCUAUCUUGCCUGUUCUGUCCUACUGCGGUUCGUCCAUCCUGAUGACCGUGAUGAACAAGUAUGUUCUGUCAGGGUUGGACUUCAAUCUCAACUUUCUGCUGCUCAUGGUUCAGUCUAUUGUCUGUAUCGCGGCUAUUCAAACUUGCAAGUCUAUGGGCUUGAUUACCUACCGGGACUUCAGCACCGACGAGGCGAGAAAGUGGUUCCCGAUCACUCUGCUGCUGAUUGGCAUGAUUUACACCGGCUCCAAGGCCCUUCAGUUCCUCUCCAUCCCCGUCUACACCAUCUUCAAGAACUUGACCAUCAUUCUCAUCGCCUACGGUGAGGUCCUGUGGUUCGGUGGCUCCGUUACCAACAUGACCCUGUUCUCCUUCGGUUUGAUGGUUCUCAGCUCCAUUGUUGCUGCCUGGGCCGACAUCAAGCACGCCGUGGAGAGCACCGGUGACACCUCCAGCAAGGUCUCGACCCUGAACGCCGGCUACGUCUGGAUGAUGAUCAACUGCCUGUGCACCUCGUCCUACGUCCUGGGCAUGCGCAAGCGUAUCAAGUUGACCAACUUCAAGGACUUUGACACCAUGUUCUACAACAACCUGCUGUCUAUCCCCGUCCUGAUCGUGUUCACCCUGCUGGCUGAGGACUGGUCCUCCGCCAACCUGGCCCGCAACUUCCCCGAGGAAAACCGCAACGGUAUCUGGAUCGCCAUGAUCCUGUCCGGCAUGUCGUCUGUCUUCAUCUCCUACACCUCCGCCUGGUGUGUUCGUGUCACCUCGUCUACCACCUACUCCAUGGUUGGUGCUCUCAACAAGCUGCCCAUCGCCCUGUCCGGAUUGAUCUUCUUCGAUGCCCCCGUCACCUUCCCCAGUGUGACUGCCAUUGUCGUUGGUUUCUUCUCCGGCAUUGUCUACGCCGUGGCCAAGAUCAAGCAGAGCGCCAAGCCCAGAACCGGUGUUCUGCCCACCUCCAACCCGCUGGUCAGUGCCAGCAGCCAGAGCAUGCGUGACUCACUGCGCUCUUAG